CAAGUUUUUCAAGCUUGUAAUACUCAUACAAGCAACCCUAGCAGCAGCUCAAAAUGUUACCUUCAUCUACAAUGGUUUCCGGUCAGAAAAUCUUAGCUUAGACGGUGUAGCCCAGUUCACACCCAACGGUCUUCUAAUGCUUACAAAUGACUCUCAAGACAAUAGCCAUGCCUUCUACCCUAACCCAGUCACCUUCAAGAACUCAUACUCUGAUACCAAUGCUUUCUCAUUUUCUACGACAUUUGUGUUCGCUAUCAGAUCGGUGUAUGCAAAUCUGAGCGGUCAUGGAAUGGCCUUCGUCAUUUCUCCAACAAGGAGGAUUCCUCGAGCUUUUCAGCCCCAGUACCUGGGCAUUUGCAAUAACACCAACAACAGCAAUGAAACCAAUUGUGUUUUUGCUGUAGAGCUUGAUACCAUACAGAAUAACGAAUUAGGUGACAUCAACAACAACCAUGUUGGGAUUGAUAUUAAUGGUUUGCGCUCACAGAAAUCAGCUCCGGCAGGAUAUUAUGCUCAGAACAAUGUGGGGUUCCGGAACUUGACCCUCAGUAGCGGUCAACCAAUGCAAGUUUGGGUGGAAUAUGAUGGCGCCAAGAAGAAAAUCGAUGUCACUUUGGCUCCAAUCGUUGUUGAUAAACCCCAAAUUCCACUAUUGUCUUUGAAGCGCGACCUUUCUAUGGUCCUUAACAAGACUAUGUAUGUUGGCUUCUCCGCAUCCACUGGCUCGUUCCUCAGUUCUCAUUAUGUUCUAGGAUGGAGCUUUGCAACGAAUGCCCAGGCUCGUGAAAUUGUUCUCUCACAACUUCCUAAGCUGCCCCGGAUAGGAGGUCUAAUUUAUGGCAUAAGACGGAGGAAGAAGUUUGCAGAGAUUCUUGAAGAUUGGGAGCUGGAAUAUGGUCCUCAAAGGUUUAAAUACAAAGAGUUAUAUAUAGCCACAAAAGGGUUCAAGGAAAAAGAGCUUUUGGGAACUGGGGGAUUUGGUAAGGUCUAUAGAGGCAUAUUACCUUCCUCUAAAACUGAGAUUGCUGUAAAGAGGGUCUCACAUGAUUCAAGACAGGGGAUGAAGGAGUUUGUUGCAGAAAUUGCUAGCAUCGGCAGGCUUCGCCAUCGGAAUUUAGUACCACUCUUGGGGUAUUGCAGAAGAAAAGGGGAGCUGCUUUUGGUCUAUGAUUACAUGCCUAACGGGAGCCUGGACAAAUACCUCUUUGACCAACCAGUGGUCACUCUCAAUUGGAGGCAGAGGUUUAGAGUCAUCAGAGGCGUCGCUUUGGGGUUGUUUUAUCUUCACGAAGGAUGGGAACAAGUUGUGGUUCACAGAGACGUGAAGGCCAGUAAUGUUUUACUUGAUGAGGAAUUGAAUGGUAGAUUAGGAGAUUUUGGGCUUGCAAGAUUAUAUGACCAUGGAAAGGACCCUCAGACUACUCGUGUAGUUGGAACACUCGGGUAUCUAGCUCCAGAGCAUACAAGGUCAGGCAAGGCUACAACACAAGCUGAUGUGUUUUCUUUCGGUGCAUUUUUGCUUGAAGUUGCCUGUGGAAGAAGGCCAAUAGGGACACAAGGUCAAGAUGGAGAGAUAAUUCUGGUUGAUUGGGUGUUUUCUUGUUGGAAGAGAGGUAAUAUACUUGAGGCAAGAGAUCCAAACUUGGGUACAGAAUUUAUAGUUGAGGAAGUGGAAUUGGUAUUCAAGCUCGGGCUUUUAUGCUCUCAUUCGGUUCCUUCAGCCAGGCCAAGCAUGCGCCAAGUUGUGCAGUAUUUGGAGGGUGACAUUCCUUUGCCGGAGUUGUCACUUGAUGGUCUUUCUACCAGAGACUUAACAUUUGCGCACCAUGAAGGUUUCGAUGAUUUUGUAAAGUCAUAUCCGUCGUCAACGAGUAAGGCAACUUCAUAUGUUCCAGAGCCGACGUUACUCUCAGGUGGACGCUGAAUCCGAGCAAUAAUGGUUUCGUUUUCUCUCUUGAACUGGAAUUCAUAGCGAAUAAUUUGCGGCCCUUAAUGUUACAUGUAACCUAUUAGUCUUGUAUCUUGUUAGUUAUAUAAAAGUAAUGCAGGAACAAUCUGUAUGUUGGUUGGGUAAAAGUAAGUUACGGAAAAUUAUAAGUACCAUGAUAUUCUUUUAGGGAUAUAAUCUACUGCACUUAACUUGCAUUGCAAGGAGAGAAACAAAUUCAAAGAUUUGUAUAU